AUGGCGUCCAGUACCGACGGAAUGGUGCAUAUGGUGGACAGGGGCAGGAAAGCCCUGAAUCGCCUGAGGUCUCAUGAACACAGAAUCAAAGCGAUCCUCAGUCGGCUGAAUGAGGAAUCAGAAAGUGACUGUGGUGCCGAAGUCUCGAAUGUUCAACAAAGAGAACAGUUCGUAAGGUUGCCACAAAUUGAGUUGAAAGACUUCAGUGGAAACCCAAUGGAGUGGCCACAGUUUUGGUCAUUUUUUCAGGCUGCUGUAGAUAGACAGCCAAUCAGCGCAAUUCAGAAAUUCAAUUAUUUGAUCUGCAGCCUCAAAGGAGCAGCUCAUAGAGCCGUGGCAGGUUAUGAAGUCACGCCUGAAAAUUAUCUGGUGGUACUAGAAGUACUCAUGCGAAGGUUCGGAGAUAGGGGUGUGAUAAGGCAUGCCCUACACAAUGAAUUAAAACAAUUAAAGAGGAUUGAGCAGUUCAAAGGUUUGCGAGAAAUGAUUAAAAGUAUCGAGCGCAUUUUGCUUCAACUGGAAAAUUUGGGUGAUGAUGUAAACCACCCAAAGAUUUUAAUGGUGAUUGAGAAGCUACCAAGAUGGGUUCUCUUGGAAUUAUAUGAAGCAAAAGGAAAGGACAUUCCUUGGGAUGUUAACAAAAUGAGACGAUAUUUACAAACAAUUGUUCAAAAAAGAGAAGAG